AUGCUCUGUCAUCUUCCUGAUGAUCCUGGGUUACCGUGAUACCCGUGGAGAAGAAUGGCUCUUGUCAAUGGCUCUUCUGUGACUGAAUUUAUUCUCUUGGGAUUAACAGACCAACCAGAUCUCCAAAUGCCCCUAUUCAUCCUGUUUGUUAUCAUAUAUAUAGUCACGAUGUUGGGAAAUUUGGGUUUGAUAACUUUAAUUUGGUUGAAUUCACACUUACACACCCCCAUGUAUUUUUUCCUCUUUAACUUAUCCUUCAUAGACUUCUUUUAUUCUUCUGUGUUUACACCCAAAAUGCUGAUUAACUUUAUAUCAGAGAAGAACAUUAUCUCCUACACGGGAUGCAUGACUCAGCUUUUCUUUUUCUGUUUCUUUGUCAUUUCUGAGUGCUAUGUGCUGACAUCAAUGGCCUAUGAUCGCUAUGUGGCCAUCUGUAACCCACUUAUGUACAACGUUGCCGUGUCUCCUAAGGUGUGUUCCAGUCUUAUGCUGGGUUCAUACAUGAUAGCGUUUUCCAAAGCUAUGACCCAUACAGGAUGCAUGCUGAGACUGACCUUCUGUGAUGCAAACAAGAUCAAUCAUUAUUUUUGUGACAUCCUCCCUGUGCUCCAACUGUCUUGCUCAAACACCUAUGUCAAUGAGCUGGUAGUAUUAAUUGUGGUGGGAAUCACCAUCAUUGUGCCCACCAUCACCAUCUUUGUGUCUUAUGGCUUUAUCCUCUCCAGUAUCCUCUGCAUCAGCUCCAAAGAAGGCAGGUCAAAAGCCUUUAGUACCUGCAGCUCUCACAUUAUUGCGGUUUCUUUCUUCUUUGGCUCAGGUGCAUUUAUGUAUCUCAAGCCCUCUUCUGCUGGGUCAAUGGAUCAGGGGAAAAUCUCCUCUGUCUUUUAUACCAAUGUGAUUCCCAUGAUGAACCCUUUAAUUUAUAGCUUAAGGAAUAAAGAUGUCAAAAUUGCUCUGAGAAAAACCUUAAAGAAGUUAUUAUUUUAA